AGCUAAUCAGCGCAUCAUCCAAAACUACACUCUGUUAACGAGUUGAUAUGUCUUCUCUGGAGUCGAGUAAUGUUCGGCACCAUAAUUGCACAAGUUCACCAGAGUUUUCGAAAUCACCAGAAAAAGUCCCGAAAAGAUAUGUUUUCACUAAAUUCCCGACCUGCUUCGCAAACAUUUAAAACACACUCAACCCGAUAUUCUCGUAAAAGUUUGAAAACCCAUUGCAAUAAAAAACAUUCCACAUACAGACAAAGUGAAGGUACUACGGAUUCUGGUAAUGGUCUAUCUUCAACCAUUGGUAUUUUAAAUAACAAAUCUGGUCACGUAACCCAGUUAGCCAAUCGUGUCGAGCACCUUUUAAUUCAGGAUUCUACUAACAUCUUGUAUCAGAACAAGGAAAUACAAUUAGUCUAUCAUAUUGAAAAACCGGACUCCUUGGAAAAUCAUUUAUUUUCUAGCACUAAAAAGAAUCCAAAUAGUCUCAUCCCAAGUCCAGUUACAACCACAUUAUCAUCGCCCUGGUAUCGUCAUUGUAGACCAAAAGCCCCUCCUCCAACUUUUCCUUUUUCCACAGAAAAUUCUGUGAAAUGCUGUGAAAGUGAAAGCCGCGAUUUUGAGCUUUGUGAAGGGAGUAACAAGAAUGGAAACGGCCAUCUAGAAUUUGAAUGCGAAAACCCGCUUAAACCUGUCCCAUGUCUACUUUCUUCAGUGUGUUCAUAUUCAAUACACUGUCCAAGUAUACAAGUUCUAGAGGCAGAUCUUAGUCAAGAAAACAUUAACUGGGAUUCAGAUUACCCAUUGCCAUCUUCCCUACCUCCUUCCAGUGAUGUCGCACCAACACUAAUGAGUCAUUCUUAUUCCCCCUCACCCGCUCUCAACAACAAUACUGAUGAAGUAUCCAAUACGCUUUCCGGAGCAGUAGCAUAUUUAGAAGAAGUUAAUUUAAAACCUUUGGCUCCCAUAACAAAUAUCUUGCCAAAUGGUGGUUCAUUUAUUCGUCGUCAUCCUAAAUGGGCAGUUCCUUGUAGUUCAGACAUCCUUAGGUCCCAUACAACUGUUCGUUUCCCUGGUUCAAACUCAGUAAUCGAUUUUGAUUUGAAUUCAUCUCCUUCUGUACCAUCCCCUCCUCCUUUGAUUGUGGAACGUUUGCCAUGUGAACUGGAUAUUUCAAAAUCUCAAGAACAGCACUUAAAUUGUUCACCUACUCUAAAUAAUCCUAAUCUAACACGUCCGAUAUUUUUAAAACGUGGAGCAUCUGAUGGUGCAGAACAAAACUCUGAAGAUAUAAUUGGCCUAGAUAUUAACAAGGAAUAUGAUCCACCAUCAACGAUGAAACGCAGUCACUAUUGGGAUCUUACCAACGAAGAAUAUUCACCCAAAAAAAGUCGUGUUCAGUUACUAUUACCAAGUGAAUGUAGCGCAUUCCUCCCAGUAAAGUCAACUCGUCAAUUGGAUCAUAGACAUAUACACUGUAUUUCUCCACCUUAUUUACGAUAGAGACCCAAGUUAAAUCAGUAUUUAAAGUACAAAUUGUAUACUAAAUACUCAGUCUUUCAUAUAUAUAUAUAUAUAUAUAUAUAUAUAUACUGUACAUUUUAACGGACCAUUGAUUUUUUGUUGACAUUUUUGUUAUUUCCGUGACUUAGUGGUUUUGUUAUUUUGCCAUGUACCUACGUACUGGUCUAGUUCUCUAUUUAUUGACUCAUUUUCUUUAUUUUCUCCCAAUACUUCCGUUCGUUUAUCUGUCGUUUCUAUUUCGCUUAACCCUCUUGCCCUUAAAUAUUAUUCAAUAACAUUACGAUCACAACUAUGGUUAUUAUUUUCUAUUGUUUCUCUUUGUGUUCAUCGUGAUUUAUUCUUGAACAAAGAAAGUGAAAAGGAAAAAAGGAAAAUCUCUAAUCCCCUUAAUUUGCUUUGUGUGUUUCCUUUUUGUAUAGCUUUUGUAUGUUAGUCUCUUUUUGUUCAUUGUUAAAAUUUGUUUACUGUAUUUGGCUUUUUUCUUUUUUUGGAUAUUUUGUUAUACUAAAUUUAUUGUACGAAUUAUUGUACUGAUUCGAGUUCUGUCUAGCAGUUGUUUUUCCAUUAACUUUUGUAACCAUUAAAAUUGUUAGGAAUGGCAAAGUACAAAUGUUCUUAUGUAAGAAGCUCUUUUUUGUUAGUUUCCAGAUAAUUUUCCAUGUUUAAUGUAUAUAUAGGGAGAACUGAUUUCUGAUGAUGCUUGGCGGAUCCAGACACCAAUGAAAAAAGGGAUUAUGAUGUCUCGAUCCUAUUAUCAAUUAUUGGUUUAGCAUUGCUUGCCCUAAAUGAUAUGCAUUCAAACACUUGUUCGAUGAAAUAACGAAAUUUAUGUCAUAAACAUUGUUUUAUGAAAAAAAAGAUGAUAUAAGUAGAGGUUGUCAUGUUAAACAUCCUCAUCAUAUGAAAAGAUAACUGUAAUAAACCUGUCUGCUGUCUACGACAAAUGUUAAGGAAAUAUAGAUGUGUUCAGUAAAAGAAAUUAUAACUGUAACCGACUGCAUUAAUUGAGUUGCUAUCUUCAGUUAUCUAAAAGACAGUAAUUUGAAAUCUGCACUUUUUUAGAAUUUUUAAUGCUCUUAACAGAUAAUGUAUUCGUCGAAUGGCUUGAUGGAUAAAUUCUCAAAGUAUUUGGACAUCUGUACGAAUUUUCACCAUAUUAUAUCACUUAUGUUAAGAAGAAAUGAUAAAAAUAGUGAUACCGGGUUACCGCGCCCUACUGUCUGAAGCAUAAUUUUUCUACUAUGUUGUUCAUACAAGAGUAUUUAGAUUAGAUCCAAACAUCUAACCCAAUAAAACAGACUUGGAUGUUUGAGUUGUAAAUUGACAACCUGAUAUCUUUUCGCUAUUGCAGUUGGUUGUUGAUUUUUUUUACGAAGUUCGAUUUUCCUCUCGAUUGGCGGUUCGAAUAUCACUUAGUCUAGUUUCGUAGAUUUUAUUUUUGUACGCCGGUAACAUAUUUGAAUUAGUCAUUUAUUUCAUGUCUUAAAACUGAUCACUGAUGUUUACGGAUUGAGUUCAAGCUUACGACUCCAUAUUCAAGUUUAAAUAGAUGGUGAACUACUAGAUAUGGUUGUGUUAGGAUGAAAGUCUACAGUCAAUGAAGUUCCAGAAAUAAUUCGAUCGUAAUAUCAAUUAAAGUGAUUUAUGUCGAUUUUAAAGUGUUUCUCUUAGAUAAUAAUUGCAGAAUGAUCUUAUACAGUUUGAUGAACUCAGUAUUCUCAUUACGCUCUGAUAUCAACGAUGAAAUAAAACCGAAAUACUUUGGAAAUAUUCAAGAUAUAGAGCAGCUAAGAAAAGAGUAGUUUUUUCAAUGCUUAAUUAUGAAAUUAUUUAAAACUUUUAUUGUGUAAAAAAUGUUUGUUGUGGAGUAAUCAUUGUUAUAUGAAUCGGUAUUUAUUCACUCGGUUGAUUAAAUCUAAAGAAUCUUUCCAAAGAAACUAAUUUAAAUAGUACAAAGUUGUUGUUGUGCAGUCAGUCAAAUGAAACAAUUUAUUCAAACAUUUUACGAAGAAUUUUGUAUUCAUCACAAGUGACCAGUUUGAAUAAUGUAAUCGAAAACUUCUAAAAUCUUAUGAUACAAUUAAAGAAAAUGAGUCAAAAUUAUCAUUUAUUACAAUUGAUUUAAAUAAUCAAAUAAAGU